AUGGGAGCCUUGGGUUCGCUCUGGGUUUUCUUCGCUCUCAUCGCUCCGGGAGUUCUUGGUCAGUGUAAGUUGCUGCCAAAGUAUUCUUUUGCUAAGCCUACUGUUGUGAGUGAUAAGUCUGAGUUUGCCGUUGGAACAACUUGGAAAUACAAAUGCCUCCCUGGGUACUUUAGAAAGUCAUUUACUAUCACCUGCUUAGAAACCUCCAAGUGGUCAGACGCUCAGCAGUUCUGUAAACGUAAACCAUGUAUGAAUCCUCAAGAACCCCUCCAUGGUUCUGUGCAUAUAAACACUGGUAUCACGUUUGGGUCAACAAUUACGUAUUCUUGUAAUAAAGGAUAUCGACUCAUUGGUGAUUCAUCUGCUACUUGUAUUAUAUCAGACAAUACUGUCAUGUGGGAUAACAGUGUGCCUAUUUGUGAAUUGAUUCCUUGUGAGUCACCUCCAGCCAUCUCCAAUGGAUACUUCCAAAGCAGCAGUAGAGACAGCUUUUUCUAUGGGAUGGUAGCAACUUAUUAUUGCCAUGUUGGAAAGAAUAGGGAAAAACUGUUUGAUCUGGUGGGUGAGAAGUCAAUAUAUUGUACCAGCAAAGACAAUCAAGUUGGCAUCUGGAACAGUCCACCUCCCCAGUGUAUUGCUAGAGUCAAGUGCCCAAUGCCAGAAAUUGAAAAUGGAGAUGUGGAGUCUGGAUUUAAACCCUCCUUCUUCUUAAACGAUACAGUAAUGUUUAAGUGCAAGUCUGGCUUUAUCAUGAAAGGCAGCAGUAUAGUGUGGUGCCAGCCAGACAGCAAAUGGAGCCCUCCACUGCCAACAUGCUUCAGGGGAUGUCUACCACCUCAAAAUAUCCUCCAUGGUGAUUAUAAUGAAAAGGAUAAGGAAUUCUUUUCUGUUGGCCAAAAAGUGUCCUAUAGCUGUGAACCUGGAUAUACUCUCAUUGGAACUAACCUUGUGGAGUGUACACCCUUGGGAGCCUGGAGCCCUUCAGUCCCAACAUGUGAAGUGAAAUCAUGUGAUGCCAUUCCAAACCAACUUCUCAAUGGCCGUGUGCUUGUUCCCCAUAAUCUCCAUCUUGGGGCAGAGGUCUCCUUUGUUUGUGACCUAGGGUUCCAGUUAAAGGGCAAAUCUUCUAGUCAGUGUGUUCCAGAAGGAGAGACAGUAAUCUGGAAUAAUAAGUUUCCUGUCUGUGAACAGCUUUCUUGUGACCCUCCUCCUGAAGUAAACAAUACUCGGAAACUCUAUUAUUCUCUUCCCAUACUUCCUGGAACGGUUGUGAGGUACACUUGUUUACCUGGAUAUCGCCUCAUUGGAGAAAAGGCUAUCUUUUGUAUAAGUAAAGAUCAAGUGACUGCCACCUGGGACAAAGCUACACCUAUAUGUGAACCUUGGAAUAAAAUGUCUGCUUGCUCAAAACCCGUAGUACCAGGGGGAAUCAUAAAUCCAGGAUCUAGACCACCAUUCAAACAUGGUGAUUCUGUGACAGUUACCUGUAAAGCCAACUUCACCAUGAAAGGGAGCAAAACUGUCUGGUGCCGGGCAAAUAAAAUGUGGGGACCAACACCCCUGCCAGUCUGUGAGAGUGAUUUCCCUCUGGAGUGCCCAUCACUUCCAACGAUUCAUAAUGGACACCACACAGGACAGCAUGUUGAAAAGUUUGCUGCGGGGUUGUCUGUGACAUACAGUUGUGAACCUGGCUAUUUGCUUGUUGGAAAAAAGACAAUCAAGUGCUUAUCUUCAGGAGCCUGGGAUGAUGUCAUCCCAACAUGCAAAGAGGCCAAGUGUGAACGUCCAGAAAAGCUUCCCAAUGGGCAGGUAAAAGAGCCUCCGAGUCUUCGGGUUGGCACAACUGUGUACUUCUCCUGUAAUGAAGGGUACGAGUUACAAGGACAACCCUCUAGUAAGUGUGUAAUUGUUGAACAGAAAGCCGUCUGGACCAAAAAGCCAGUAUGUAAAGAAAUUCUCUGCCCACCACCUCCACCUGUUCUUAAUGGAAGACAUUCAGGCAGACUUUCAGGAAAUGUACCAUAUGGAAGCAAUGUUACCUACACGUGUGACCCAAGCCCAGAGAAAGGAGUGAACUUCACUCUUAUCGGAGAGAAGACUAUUCAUUGUACCAACAGUAGUGAGAAGACUGGGAUCUGGAGUGGCCCUGCUCCGUACUGUAAACUUUCAAUUUCUGAAGUUCAGUGUCUACAACCCCAGAUUAAUAGGGGGCAAAUAUUAUCUAUUUUGAAAGAGAGUUAUUCAUAUAAUGACACUGUGGCAUUUUCUUGUGAACCUGGCUUCACCUUGAAGGGCAGCAGGAGAAUUCGAUGCAGUGCCCAGGGCACAUGGAAGCCACCGGUACCAGUGUGUGAAAAGGGAUGUCAGGCUCCUCCUAAAAUCAUCAAUGGGCAAAAAGAAGAUAGAUACUUCCUCAACUUUGACCCUGGUACAUCCAUAAGAUAUAGCUGUGACCCUGGCUAUUUCCUGGUGGGAGAGGACACGAUACAUUGUACCCCUGAGGGGAAGUGGACACCCAUUCCCCCCCAGUGCAAAGUUGCAGAGUGUAAGCCUGUAGGACCACAUGUCUUUGAGAGGCCUCAGAAUCACUUUAUUAGACCAGCCAUCAAUUCUUCUUGUGAUGAAGGGUUCCAGAUAAGUGAGAGUGCUUAUCAACUGUGUCAAGGUACAAUUCCUUGGUUUAUAGAGAUUCGUCUUUGUAAAGAAAUCACCUGCCCACCACCUCCUAUUAUCCUCAAUGGGACACAUACAUGGCGUUCAUCAGAAGAUGUCCCGUACGGAACUGUCAUCACUUACACGUGCUAUCCUGGGUCAGAGGAAGGAGUAAAAUUCAAACUCAUCGGGGAACAAACCAUCCACUGUACAAGUGAUAGCAGAGGAAGAGGCUCCUGGAGUAGCCCUGCUCCUCUCUGUAAACUUUCCCUCCCUGCUGUCCAGUGCACAGAAGUCCAUGUUGAAAAUGGAGUCAAGCUCACUGACAAUAAAGCCCCAUACUUCUACAAUAAUAGUGUGACAUUCAAGUGUCGUGAUGGAUACAUUUUGAUUGGAAGCAGUCAGAUCCGGUGUAAAGCCAAUAACACCUGGGACCCUGAAGUACCACAUUGUAAAAAAGAAGGAUGUGAACCUAUGAGAGAACUUCCUGGCAUUUCAGAUGAUUCACUUAUAAAACUAGUAAAUAGAACCUGUCAAAAUGGGUACCAGUUGACUGGAUAUACUUAUGAGAAGUGUCAAAAUGCUGAGAAUGGGACUUGGUUCCAAAAGAUUGCAGUUUGUACAGUUAUUCUCUGUCCACCUCCACCAACAAUUGCAAAUGGUAGUCACACUGGCAUGAUGGCAGAGCACUUCCUGUAUGGAAAUGAAAUUUCUUAUGAAUGUGAUAAAGGGUUCUAUCUUUUGGGAGAGAAAAGUUUGCAGUGCAAAGGUCAUGGAUCUUGGAGUGGACCUCCACCACAGUGCUUACAAUCUUCUCCUUUAACUCAUUGCCCUGAUCCAGAAAUCAAAUAUGGAUACAAACUCAAUAAAACUCAUUCUGCAUAUUCUCAUAAUGAUAUAAUACAUGUUGUCUGCAAUCAAGGCUUCAUCAUGAAUGGCAGUCACUUGAUAAGGUGUCAUACUAAUAACACAUGGUUACCAGGUGUACCAACUUGUAUCAGAACUGCUUCUUUAGGUUGUCAAUCUCCAUCCACAAUCCCCAAUGGGAAUCAUACUGGUGGGACUAUAGCUCGAUUUUCCCCUGGAAUGUCAGUCACGUACAGUUGUUACCAAGGCUACCUUAUGGCUGGAGAGGCACGUCUUAUUUGUACUCAUGAGGGUACCUGGAGCCAUCCUGCCCCUUAUUGCAAAGAGGUAAACUGUAGCUUCCCUGAAGAUACAAAUGGAAUCCAGAAGGGAUUUCAGCCUGGGAAAACCUAUCGGUUUGGGACUACUGUGACUCUGGAAUGUGAGGAUGGGUAUUCCUUGGAGGGAAGUCCACAGAGCCAGUGCCAGGAUGAAAACCAAUGGAACCCUCCGCUGGCUAUCUGCAAAAACCGGUCAACUGUUCUUCUUGUUUCUGGUAUUUCUGCAGGCUCAGCAUUUAUCAUUUUGAUUAGUGUCAUCUUCUUUAUAAUAUUAAAAUCCAGAGAGCGCAAUUAUUAUACAAAAACAAGACCCAAAGAUGGAGCUCUUCAUUUAGAAACGCGAGAAGUAUAUGCUGUUGAUCCAUACAACCCAGCAAGUUGA